AUGCCGCGAAACGACGAAGAAACCAUCAAGAGGCUAGAUAAUAUUUCUCUAUUUGCUAAAUGGAUGGUUGACAACCUCGAACUAAAGCCCGAUUCUGCAACAGUUGAGCCACAACCUUCACCAGGGAGCCGAGAAAUCCCUGAACAAAAUCCAUCAAAUCGCUAUACUCGCAUUGAUGAGAAACAAGAGCCAGGAAAGGAACAAAUUACCUCAGAUCGUCGCACUGAGAGACAAGAUGCACCCCCCGAACGAAGUCCCUCAGACCGCCUUCAUAAGGAACGAGAUACAACUACUGAACGAAACCCCUCAGAUGGCCAUGAUAAGAAACGAAAGCCGGUCCUUGAGCAAAAUCUCUCAGACCGCCAUCAUAAGGAACGAGAUACAACCCCGGAACGAUAUCCCUCAGAUCACAUUGAUGAAAAACAAGAGCCGGGAAAGGAACAAAAUAUCUCAGAUCGUCGCACUGAGAGACAAGAUGCAACUCCUGAACGAAUUCACUCGAAUAGCUCGCAUGAGAGAAGAGAUACAGUUUAUCGGCGGGGUCACUUUGAACACCGUCACGUGAACCAAGAUCCAGUCUCUCGACGAAAUCACUUGAAUUACCGUCAUAAUUCUCCAUGGCCAAGAAUAUCCAUGUCAAAACGUGGACAGCAUCCGAAUGAUCGUACUCAGCCUGCGCAAUCCACCAAAUUCCUCACAAGAUCUCACAUGCAUCAUCAUGUUAUGCAGAGUAGCCGCCUCGCAACACCAACAAACAGUCACCAAAUCAACAAGGAGCGAAUAAGGGCUCGCAUCCUGCGCACACCUAGAGAUACACCCCCAGAUUGGAGACCCUCCCUUCUCAUGCAGGGCGUCGCUACUUUGCAUACUGCACAUGUAUGGAACUAUUGCUCCCGAUCCUUUGAGUCACAAGAUGAUGGAUUCAACCUAUCCGAUGAGUCACUCAGCCAUAUGUGUGCCCCAUCGGAAAAGCUUGAGCUACACCAUCAUGAGCGAGAGGAGGUUGUCCUCAAGCCGCUACCCGGGAUUGCAGCUUUGCGCUAA